UUGAAGGAAAAGGAGAUAGCAUUUAGUCACAACAAUCACUGCCUAACUCCCAACUCCUACUCCUCUAAUAGGGUAGUACUAAAACGCUUUUCUCUUUAUUAGAGCCUCCUCUUGUUUGCUUCUCAGAAAAACAGAGAAACAAUGGCAGUGGGAGGCGCUGCCAAGGUUGAUGAGUUCGUUCCAUUUCCUGUUAAAGACCAGCACCCUGGCGUUGAUUUCUGCGUCUCCAGUUCUCCUCCUUGGCCUGAAGCAAUACUACUUGGAUUUCAGCAUUAUCUGGUGAUGCUCGGGACUAGUGUGAUCAUCCCUUCCAUAGUCGUUCCUUUGAUGGGCGGUGGCAAUGUGGAGAAGGCUGAGAUGAUUAACACAUUGGUCUUCGUGGCGGGGAUAAACACUCUUUUGCAGACUUGGCUCGGCACUCGGCUUCCUGUGGUUAUUGGAGGAUCCUAUGCUUUUAUUAUCCCCACAAUUACCAUUGCUUUAUCUACUAACAGUAGUACUAAUGUCAUAUUCCUUAGCCCACGGCAGAGGUUUAAGCAAUCUAUGAGAGCGGUACAAGGAGCAAUUAUUAUCGCUUCAUUCUUUCAAAUGAUAAUUGGUUUCCUUGGAUUCUGGAGGAUUUUUGCGAGAUUUCUCAGCCCUCUUGCUGCAGUACCUCUUGUGAUUCUCACUGGACUAGGGCUUUAUGCACGUGGAUUCUCACAACUGGCGAAAUGUGUGGAAAUUGGACUCCCAGCACUUCUUCUGGUGGUCUUUAUAUCUCAGUAUGUUCCUCAUAUGAUGAAAUCAUGGAGCAGCAUGUACAGUCGGUAUGCAGUCCUUUUCUCAGUUGCAGUUGUGUGGGCAUAUGCAGCAGUUUUGACUGUUGCUGGUGCAUAUAAUAAUAAACCUCCAAACACCCAACUUAGCUGUCGUGUUGAUCGUUCUGGACUCAUUGGUGCUGCUCCAUGGAUAAAGUUUCCAUAUCCAUUUCAAUGGGGGGGUCCUACUUUUAAUGCUGGCAAUGUUUUUUCCAUGAUGGCUGCUUGUUUGGUUGCAGUUAUUGAGUCUACUGGUACCAUUAUUGCAACAUAUCAAUAUGGGAGUGCCACUCAUCUGCCUCCUUCUGUAUUCGGCCGCGGUAUUGGAUGGCUGGGAAUUGGAACUUUGCUGGAUGGAUUGUUUGGUACAGGAAAUGGGUCCACUGCUUCAGUUGAAAAUGCAGGUCUUGUGGGAUUAACUCGAGUUGGAAGUCGAAGAGUCAUUCAAAUAUCAGCCGGCUUUAUGCUUUUAUUUUCUGUGUUAGGAAAAUUUGGGGCUGUUCUUGCUUCUAUACCAUUGCCAAUUAUGGCAGCUCUUUACUGUGUCCUCUUCGCCUAUGUUGCUUCUGCUGGUCUGGGACUUCUCCAGUUCUGCAACCUGAAUAGCUUCAGAACAAAGUUCAUCCUUGGCUUUUCUCUCUUCUUGGGCCUUUCUGUGCCACAGUACUUCAAUGAGUACCUUUUGGUUUCUGGUCGUGGCCCUGUUCACACUGGAGCCACCUGGUUCAACGAUGCAAUUCAAGUGAUCUUCUCGUCCCCAGCAACAGUGGCAAUUAUAGUUGCUUUUUUCUUGGACUGCACUCACAGUCGGGGGCACAGCACAACCCGCCGAGACAGUGGCAGGCACUGGUGGGCAAAGUUCAGAUAUUUUAGUCAAGACACCAGGACCGAGGAAUUCUAUGCCUUACCUUGGAACCUUAACAGGUUUUUCCCUUCAUUCUAAGCUUGGAGCUCUUGCUUGCCAUCAAGGAAGAGCUGAUAAGAAGUGAAAGUAGAAAACAUUCUGAAUUGUUGCACUCCUACUGUUCCGUAGUGAGGCAACAAAGUUAUCUAUCAAACCAGAACUGGAAAGGAUAUCUGUAUAGGAGGGUUGAGCCAGGCACACCAACUUGAUUUGGUAGGUCUAAGCUUGUCAUUGCAAUAUCAUUUAUAAAUAUUAAAUGCAAGCAGUAAUGAUCCUAGAGAAAUUUACUAUACAUGGAAUUUUAUAUAUUCACUGUAAACAAGAACCUAAUUCAUGUUCCUUUACAACAAACUGAUGCUAGCUUUGUUAAGCAUUCUCAAAUAUAAUGCAUGUUCUAGUUUUAAUUUUAA